AUGACCUCUGUCAUCGAUCCCAAGACCAUAGGAAAGCCAGUGCGGCAGCGGCGACAUAUCAGAACCCUGACCGGAUAUACACCCGAGACUGAUGCAUCUGGAAAGGAGAAAUGGCCAAGGGGCGACGAGACGGUCUGGAAGACCAACAUGAGAGGCGUCGAUGCAGACGUUGGCGACAUCACCAAGUCUGUCGUGAACCAUGUUCAGACUUCUCUUGCACGUCAAGCAUACAAUCUCGACAACCUCGGUGCAUACCAGGCCGCUGCUCUGUCCGUUCGGGACAACAUGCUUGUCAACUGGAACGAAACCCAGCUCCACUAUACGCGCAAGGCUCCCAAGAGGGCGUAUUAUUUAUCUCUGGAAUUCCUCAUGGGCAGAACCCUUGACAAUGCUCUACUCAAUCUCGACUUGAAGAGUCAAUACAAAGAUGGUAUCAAUCAACUGGGAUUCUCCUUGGAGGACCUCCUCGAGGAAGAACGUGAUGCCGCUCUUGGUAAUGGUGGUCUUGGCCGAUUGGCGGCUUGCUACCUUGAUUCUUCCGCAUCCCAAGAUUUGCCCGUUUGGGGAUACGGUUUACGAUACAAAUAUGGUAUCUUCCAGCAGUUGAUCUCGCCUGAGGGCAACCAACUCGAAGCGCCUGACCCAUGGUUGGACAACCAAAACCCCUGGGAGUUGCCUCGAAUUGAUGUCAACUACGAAGUUCGUUUCUACGGCCAGUCCGAACGACUUUCAGAAGGCCAUGGGCGUGCGUUGUGGACGGGAGGCCAGGAAGUGUUGGCUGUCGCAUACGACGUCAUGAUUCCUGGCUGCAACACCAGGAACACCAACAACUUGAGGCUAUGGGAGAGUAAGCCCAAGCGAGGAUUCGAUCUGAACUCCUUCAAUGCUGGAAAUUACGAGGGCGCAGUCGAAUCUUCAAACAGUGCUGCAGCCAUCACCUCCGUCUUGUAUCCGAACGAUCAUACUACAUUCGGAAAAGAGCUUCGUCUCAAGCAGCAAUACUUCUGGACUGCUGCUUCUCUUGCCGACAUCAUUCGUCGCUUUAAGAACCUUGGCAAGUCGAUCAACGAGUUCCCCGACUAUGUGGCCAUCCAACUGAAUGACACGCACCCAACCCUUGCUAUUCCCGAGCUCAUGCGUAUCCUCAUUGACGAAGAGGACCUCGACUGGAAUUUCGCUUGGCAAAUUGUCACUAACGUAUUCUUCUUCACUAACCAUACCGUGUUGCCGGAAGCGUUAGAGAAAUGGCCGGUUCCGUUGAUGGAGCACAUUCUACCCAGGCACAUGCAAAUCAUCUAUGAUAUUAAAGCAGUGUCUAACACCAACACCUUCGCCGCUAGGAUCUUCCUGCAAGCCGUCGAGAAGAAGUUCCCCGGCGACCGCGAAAGACUUGCUAGAAUGUCUUUGAUAGAAGAGGGUUUCCCUAAGCAGGUCCGCAUGGCUAACUUAGCUUGCAUCGGUAGCAGAAGAAUCAAUGGUGUUGCGGAGCUUCACAGUAAGCUUGUGCAAACUACGAUUCUCAAGGACUUCGUAGAGUUCUUCGGUGUCAGCAAGUUCGGCAAUGUGACCAACGGAAUCACCCCGAGACGUUGGCUCGACCAGUGUAACCCAGAAUUGAGCAAGCUCAUUUCGUCGACCCUCAAGAUCGACAAGAGUGUCUGGCUCAAGGAUUUGUACAAACUCAAGGAUCUCGUUAAAUAUGCUGCAGACAAAGGCUUCCGAGCGGAAUGGGCCGCAAUCAAGCAGCGCAACAAGGAGAGAUUGGCUCACCACAUCGAGACGACUCUUGGCUUCACAGUUAACACCAAUGCCAUGUUCGAUGUACAAAUCAAGCGUCUCCAUGAAUACAAGCGUCAAACAUUGAACAUCCUCGGUGUUAUUCACAGAUACCUCGAGCUGAAGGCCUUGACCCCUGCACUAAGGAAGAAGGUCAACCCCAAGGUCGUAUUCUUCGCUGGAAAAGCUGCGCCUGCUUUUUUCAAGACAAUUCGCCUCAUCGUUAACGUUGCUCGCGUUAUCAAUGCUGACCCAGAGACCAAAGAUUACUUGUCUCUUUACUUCUUGCCCGAUUAUUCCGUAUCGCUGGCUGAAGUACUCAUCCCGGCGUCUGAUAUCAGCCAGCAUAUUUCUACAGCUGGUACUGAGGCCUCUGGAACAUCCAACAUGAAGUUCUGUCUCAACGGCGGUUUGCUUGUGGGUACCGUCGACGGUGCAAACAUCGAAAUCGCUGAAGAGGUUGGAGAGGAAAAUGUUUUCUUCUUUGGCCAUCUUACUCCUGCCGUCGAAGACCUUCGCUACCAGCAUAUGUACCAUCCUGUCCCUGUUGAUGAGGCCUGCCCACCCCUUGCCAACGUUCUCAACCAGAUUUCUGGCGGCCUCUUUGGAGACGGUGGUGUGUAUGAACCCCUUGUCAACACCAUCAGGCAAGGUGAUUACUACCUCGUAACAGACGACUUCGACUCCUACAUUCGAGCUCUUGCCAUGGUUGACGAGGCUUACUUGGAUCGCGAUGAAUGGGUUAAAAAGUCUAUCUGCACAACUGCCAAUAUGGGCAAGUUCAGUUCCGACAGAGCCAUCAUGGAUUACGCCCAAGAGUAUUGGAACCUGGAGCCAAUUCCCGUUGGAAAGGAUUAA